AGACGUGAAAUGCUUACGGCUCUUGAGUCAAAGAUGUACUUCACUUACAAAAGCAUUCUUUGAUUUGUUUGACUAUAACUGCUUACACAAAAUCGAAAGUAAGAUACGAGAAAAGCUGAAAUCGAGGCUGAUAAAUUGUUUAUAUUAUUCUCUUAUAUCGAUUUGCCUUUUAUGCUUACGUAAAUGUGUCGAGAAAAGUUUCGAAGAAAAGGACGCAUCUUCUGAAAGAUACUAUAAAUAACAAAUCUUGAUUAAUUCAACACGAUUCGUGCGCCGCGGGGCAGACAGAACAAGGUGAUCAUAAUUUCAACGAGACAAUCAUGUUUUUCAAUCAUAUCAGCCAAUAACAGGACAAACUACUACCGUAAUGUCUAUCCGUUUUCUAGUGAGACCGGUAUCAAUUCAGUCCUAUUAGUUGAUGUGGUACCAUCAGUUAGGCGCUCGGCACCGAGCGACCCAAUCACCUUUCGGAGCUGUUUGAAUAGAAAGAUUAAAAUCGGAUGCCGUGUUCUACGGAUGUGAAGCUUAUCAAUACGACCUUUCCACUGGGAUAAUUACUGGUGGGCGACUAGAAAACAUCAAGUUUCUGCGAUGAACAAGACAAUGUUUAGAAGUGCUUGUAACACUCGUUGAACUCGAUGACACUACUGAGUAACUUCGCUAUGGGCAUCGGCAGUGGAAGCACCGUUGUCUACGCUGUGGAAAGGCUCGCGGAACGCAUUAAGGGUGGUGAGCUUUCGAACAUCGUCUGCGUACCUACAUCGUUCCAGGCGCAGCAAUUGAUUCGUGCGCAUAAGCUGACGCUCACUGAUCUAGAGGAGACGCCUGAACUCGACAUUACCAUCGAUGGCACGGAUGAAGCUGAUGCUCACCUCACAUGUAUUAAGGGCGGCGGCGGAUGUCUAACACAAGAGAAGAUCGUCGCAGCGGCUUCAAGCAAAUUCGUUAUAGUGGCGGAUUAUCGCAAGGACUCGACCCAUUUAGGUGAACAUUGGAAGAAAGGAAUACCUGUUGAGGUGUUGCCAAUGGCGUACGUGCCCUCAAUGAACAAAAUCAACAAGAUCCUCGCUUGCAGGCCUGUUCUUCGAUACGCCGUCAAUAAAAUGGGCCCCGUGAUUACAGACAAUGGAAACUUUAUUCUGGAUUGCCCGUUUCCCUCCGAUAAGAAGAUCGACUGGGAGGAAACUUCGGUGAAAAUGAAAAUGAUUCCUGGGGUUGUCGAGACUGGCCUCUUUUUUGGAAUGGCUGAAAUUGCAUAUUAUGGCCAGCAAGACGGAUCAGUGAAAAUCGUUAGGACGGCAGGGAAAUAUUCUUAGUUGAGUACGAUUGGCAUCCUAUUAUAUGUUCUCUAUGCAUACUGUCUUUGACUAGGUGACCUCUAUCGAUGAAGUCCUGCGUUCGAAAAUUUGUUAAUGAACUAUGCUGUUGCAUGAUAUCAUUGUAAUGACAUCUUCCCCUUCCACGAUUGCUUUGCCCCUAUGGGUGUGGCAAACUGAUCAGUUUUUAGCAUGAGUGUCCCUUGUGUGUAAAAUUUGCGCACGUGUGUUACAAAGUAGUAUCUUUUAUGCGAUUACAUCUGCCUUAGCCUAGUUUUGUGUUCAUUUAGCAAAUGACAUAAUAAUAACAGUUAUUUUUUUAUAAAUCCAAUAUUAAUUAACCUUAUAUGAUUGUUGUUAUCGCUCAAAAGAGCUCUGCAGAGCUUAUUUUUUGCAGAUAGUGUAAUAUAGGGUCCCUUCGCAACAGAGGACAAAUACUAACCAACUCAUUGCGCAAAACGGACAAGUGAGGAACUUAGAACACAAUAAAGGUCAACAGGGAUUCUCAAAACAGAUUUUUUUAGCUCGACGUAUGCAUGGAAACGCACCCCUUGUGUCAAUAAAGAGAGACGUUUCAGUAUUCACAAAAAGCUUGAAAUAUUCAUUG